AUGUCUCCCAGUUGCAGCGGCACGGAGUCUCAUGGCAGUGGGAAGGAGUCUCAUGGCAGAGGACGGCGCCUCAUGGUAGUGGAACGGAGUCUCAUGGCUGCGUUCUCAGCAGCUUUGGCUGCGCACCGCAUGGACUUGUUGACCAUGCAAUGA